AUGGACAAAUUCACCAAAGAGGACAUCGCCCGAUAUCGAGAGGCAUUUGCUGUUUUUGAUAAAGAUGGAAGUGGCGAUAUCACCGCUCAAGAGCUUGCCAAAGUCAUGCGCUCGUUAGGUCUCAAUCCAUCCGAUAUUGAAGUACAGGAUAUGGUCCAUGAACUUGACCUCGACCGCACAGGAACAAUCGACUUUCAGGAAUUCCUAACCUCGAUGGCUGCCAAAGUCACAGAUAAAGAUACCGAGGCUGCAAUUCGACAGGCCUUUAGAGUAUUCGAUCAGGAUAACAGUGGAACCAUCAGUGCGGAUGAGAUACGCCGUGUGAUGAGUUCUAUUGGCGAUAUUCUAUCCGAUGAUGAUAUCGAUGAGAUGAUCAGGAUGGCGGAUGUAAAUGGUGAUGGGACGAUUGACUGUAGGUUCUUUUGA